GGUAAUCGGGGUAAACAGUAAAGAUGGCGACGUCUGUAGCCGGAGAUGGGCAGCAAAAUCUAAAUGGGAUUAUUUCCAGCCCCCAAACGAACAAACUGACUGACCUGCCGACUGAGUUGCUCGAAUACAUUCUGUGCUUUCCCGUCCUGAAGCACGUCGACAUUGGUAAUGUUUCAUGCUGCUGCAAGCGGCUACACGACGUUUGCCACGGAAGGGGGAAGGUCUGGGGAUACCAGUACAAACUCAGAUGGCCAAGGCUGCAGAGGUUUUAUCAUCAGAAUGAGAGUUGCGACUGGCUCAGAGAAUACAUUACACGCCACAGAGUUGGGAUACAAAUAAGGAGGACAGUAGAAUCAAUCUCUAAGAGAUUCUUCACAGAGGUUCCCUGCGUUGGUCAGGUGUUAGGAGACAGCUUUGCGGAAAUUGAGUCACUCGGGAUGCCAGAGCACUUCUGUGAAGAUGAGCUCGUCUCCAUACUCAACUCUAAUAAGAGGAAAAGCUUGACAUUGAAGUACUAUGCAAAGAAAAUCCUUUACUUCUUACGACAGCAGAACAUCCUGAGUAAUUUGAAGACUUUCCUGGAGCAGCCCACAGAUCAGCAGUCGGCUCUCGAAGGUGCCAUCCUGGUGGACCAGUAUUGUAACCCGCUGGCUGAUGUCACACAGGAGGGCAUAUCAGCACAGCUGGCUGAGAUCACAGAGAAAGUGAAGAAGAUGCUGAGAAUCAAGAAUCCGUCUCACCCCAGUCUGCGCAUUGCUUACGGUGACUGCUUUGUCAUAGAGGACCUUGAGCUUCAGAGACAGCUGCUGUGCGUCCUCAACUCAGUCUUGUAUGAACAGCUUCAAUACAAGGGUAAUGAGUUUGACUACUACAACCCUUUGAACUCCUACCUACACCAGGUGCUACUACACGGCGUACAGGUUAUUCCCAUAAGGGCCUCUCUGUUCCUCUACAUGACACGGGCCAGGAAACUGGGUUUCAGCUGGAGCCCUGUCAAACUUCCCAAUCACUUUCUACUGCGGUGGUGCCGAAAAACAAAGAGGGUACAGUUAACUGAGGACAUCUAUGACUUUGCCUACGUUGAUGCCUUUGGUAAAGGCAAGCAGUUGACAGCCAAGGAGUGCGAGUACCUCAUUGGCCACCAGGUGACGCCAGACUACUAUAGUGCCAUCAGCACUACAGAGGUGCUGCUCAGGAUGGUGGGAAACCUUCUUAAUAUUGGCAAAAGGGGUGAGGGCAAUGAGAAAUCCUACCAGCUACUGAGAGAUUCAUUGGACCUCUACCUCACUAUAAACCCAGACAAUGUGCAGUACCUGCUACUGCAGGCACGCCUCUACUUCCACCUUGGCAUCUGGCCAGAAAAGGUGCUGGACAUUCUGCAGCACAUUCAGGCGUUGGAUCCCUCUCAGCAUGGCGCAGUGGGUUACCUGGUGCAACACACACUUGAGCACAUCCAACACAAAAAACAUCCUGCGGUGCCUGAGAUCAAGAGGCGUAGUGCUCCAGAACACUUGGAGGUCCAGUAUUCUGUCGGCCUCGUCAUGAAACACAAGAGGUCUGGUUAUAACUGUGUGAUUUAUGGCUGGGACCCUAAGUGCACCAUGAGCCAAGAAUGGAUCAUAACCAUGAGGGUCCAGCAACUGACCAAUGGGGCCAACCAACCCUUCUAUAACGUCCUGGUGCAGGACGGAACAUGCCGCUAUGCAGCACAAGAGAACUUGGAACCUCACUCUGCUCCACUGGAGAUUGGCCACCCGGAGGUGGGUCGAUAUUUCUCCGAAUUCACCAAUACCCACUACGUUGCCAACGAACACUUGCAGACUCGAUACCCUGAGGACAUGGAGGAAACCCUGGGUACAGUGCAGGAACUCUACCAGAGACUGGGACCCAUUUCUGGGUGUCAAGACCAGGCUGCCGCCACAGACCAAAACACCCAUUAAGCCAACCCCAUGUAG